ACAUCAUCGUGGGAAGCCCUGCUCCUGGGACAGCCCUUCCAGUACCACACGCGGCCGCUGGCGGCGCUGCCGAGCCCUGCAUCCCGCUCUGCUAAAAGAUGUGAAAAUGGCGGAGCUACAAAUGCUUCUGGAAGAGGAGAUUCCAGCAGGACGAGGCGCUCUCCUAGACAGUUUCACCAACUUGGAAAGAGUAGCAGAAUACUGCGAAAGCAACUAUGUCCAGUCUCCAGACAAGCAGAGGGCGCUGGAGGAGACCAAGAACUACACUACCCAGUCCCUGGCCAGCGUGGCCUACCUGAUCAACACGCUGGCCAACAAUGUGCUGCAAAUGCUUGACAUCCAGGCGUCGCAGCUGCGCCGCAUGGAGUCCUCCAUCAAUCACAUCUCGCAGACGGUGGACAUCCACAAAGAGAAAGUAGCACGGCGAGAGAUCGGCAUCCUCACCACCAACAAGAACACCUCCCGCACACACAAGAUCAUCGCCCCGGCCAACCCCGAGAGGCCCGUCCGCUACAUCCGCAAACCCAUCGACUACAGCUUGCUGGACGACAUGGGCCACGGAGUCAAGUGGUUGCAAAGGUUUAAGGCCAGCGCUCAAAACAUGAAAACCGGAGGAGGCGCCCUGCCUCGCACCAACCCCCCCACACAGAAGCCUCCCAGCCCGCCUAUGUCAGGGAAAGGGACCCUUGGGCGCCACUCCCCCUUCCGGACGCUCGAGCCGGUGCGUCCUCCCGUUGUCCCUAACGACUACGUCUCGAGCCCGACGCGCAACACGGCGCCCCCCCAGCAGAGCCCCGCACGCACUGCAUCCGUUAAUCAGAGGAACCGCACGUACAGCAGCAGUGGGAGCAGCGGAGGAAGCCACCCCAGCAGCAGUCGCAGCAGCAGCCGAGAGAACAGCGGCAGUGGCAGCGUGGGCGUGCCCAUCGCCGUGCCGACGCCUGCCCCGCCCACAGUAUUCCCAGGUUCAGCCCCUCUCCCACCUAACACGGCCAAAUCUCCCCCUAACACUGCCACCACCCCCGGGCCACCUCCUUCUGUCCUAGACGGCCCACAACAGGCCCCUAACCCCUCUGUAGAGAUCCCGCCUGUGCCCCCUCCCCCUCCUCAGCUCCCCGCCUCCAUGGCCCCCUCAGGCACCGGCCCUGCUUCUUAUGGCAACCCCGCACAAGGUGCGCCUCAGUUCUACAGCAUGAACCGCCCGGCGCAGCAGCAGCCCCAGAACCCCCAGGUCGGGGGGUCCCUGCCGUUCCGCCGGCCCUCGUCGGUCACAGGCCAGCCCAACACGACCCACCACAACCAGAGCCAGCUGAACGGCGGGCCACACUUUGCCCAGAACCAAGCAGGCCCACACGCGCCCCCUCCCCCAUCCAUGCAGAUCACCCCCCAGCUGCCUCUCAUGGGCUUUGUGGCCCGAGUUCAGGAGACUAUUUCAGACGUGCCGCCGCCACCUCCGCCUGCCGACGAGCCGGUGUUCGAGGAGCCCACCCCGCCCCCGCCUCCGCCCGAGGACUAUGAGGAUGACGAGGAAGAAGAAGAGUCGGCGGUGGUGGAGUACACCGACCCCUACGCUGAGGAAGACCCACCAUGGGCUCCACGCAGCUAUCUGGAGAAAGUGGUGGCCAUUUACGAUUACACCCGCGACAAAGAAGACGAGCUGUCCUUCCAGGAGGGCGCCAUCAUCUACGUGAUCAAGAAGAACGACGACGGCUGGUUUGAGGGCGUGAUGAACGGGACCACGGGUCUCUUCCCCGGUAACUAUGUAGAGUCCAUCAUGCACUACGCCGAUUGAGCAGCCCUCCUCUGAUGGGAGCGGGCGGAGACUUGGAUCAGACGGAGCAUGACCUCCAUCUGAGCGCAGCUGUUCUAAAGGACACGACAAACUGAGGUCAUUCUUUCGACAUAGUUGUCGCCAUUGUAAAACAACCACUGCUCUAGAUAUA